CUAGAAUUUACAUCUGUGAGGUUGGAUGCAAAGUAUCGUCCUUUCAAAUCAUUCCUUACCUACCCUCUGUCAGUUGUGCCAUGCCAUGGGUAUCCUGAAAAACGCCUUAGAGCCUGGUGCGAUCGCGGCUAUAUUCACCCUCGGCGCAUGGAUCAAUCGGCGCCACGACCGUCGCGGUGACAAUGACCCCAUCCGUGCGCCACUCUUGCUCAACCACGACAUUGAUCAAGAACGCGAUACUCAUGGCGACCCCGGAGAAGACACCGUGACCGGAGCAUCCGGACGCAAACGACUAUCGCUUCAAUCGCGCGCGCUGGCGCGGUUUCCAUUCUUUCUCGAGAUAUGGUACUGGCUGCUCAUAUACUGGAUAUAUCAAGGCGCUCGAGCGAUCUCAGCACGAGUCAUCGCCAACAACGAAGCGAUCUUCUCCACGGCCGAGAACCACGCUAUCCAACUCCUGUCCUUUGAGAACCGUCUGAACAUCGACAUUGAACUCCCCGUCCAGCGAUUCAUCCUCAGUAAAGCACCCCGGCUUAUGGAAAUUCUCGCAGUCAUAUACUACUCACACAUCGUUCUCGGUGUCGCAUUCUACGUCUAUAGCUACACUUACCUUCCACGUCACCGUUACCAAGCUAUCCGACGCGCCCUCGCCCUAAUGAACGUCAUCGCCUUUAUAAUUCUAUCAUUCUGGCGAUGCGCGCCUCCGCGCCUCCUCCCUUCUGACUUUGGAUUUGUCGACAUACUGCACCAAGGAGAUUCGGGGUCCGCGUGGACCAGGAAUAAAUUUCAAUUGACGAUUGCGGCGAUGCCUUCACUGCAUUUUGGUAAUUCGGUGUUUAUCGCGUUUUGCCUGGUGGUGUUCAGUCAACACGUGUUUCUUCGGAUCGUGGCAAUGUUGUGGCCGAUUUUGAUGGGGUGGACGGUAAUAGCGACCGCGAAUCAUUUCGUCCUUGAUAUGGUGGUUGGGGUGGUGGUUGUUUUGGUUGCAUAUUUGUUAAAUCGGGUGAUGUUGAUACCGUUGCCGGUUGAGAGGGUGUUGUUUCGUUUGAUGAGAUUGGAGAAGCCUCGGCAAAGGUCUGGGGAUAAGUAGGCGGGUAUACCGAGGUGCGUUUGUUUACCUAUCUGCCUGGGGGUUUAUGGGUUGUCGAGAUUCAUUAUUGGUAUUCCCGGUCGGAUUGGAGUCUGUUAGAUCACAAUUGUGUGGAUUGAUGCCAUUGACAGCUUUAUGAAGAUCGGAGGAGGCCGUGGGAAAUCUGGUGUGCCACAAUAGGCAGGUUUAAGCGUCGGUGUAUGAGGAGAGAGGCACGCCAUCCCAACCUCGGGCAUUCAUUGAACGGGGGAUUGGGGAGUUCAUUGACUAUGGGCGGAGAGUUGUAUCAUUCAAUUAUGAUUAACCAGAC